AUGUCCCGCCUCGGCGUCACUGCGCGCGAACUGGCUCGCCGAGAUCCGCCGCCAAGUGAAGAACAGCAAGGCCUUGAGCGAGAACUUGAAGCUGCGUGGUCCGUCGAGACCAACAAUGGUGUCAUGGAUCACUGGGGUGUGGAAUGA